GUGCCGACUUGCUGAAGAUGUCCCGAGAUGAUUUGGUUCAAAUCUGUGGCCCCGCGGAUGGGAUCCGGCUCUUCAAUGCCAUCAAAGGCAGGAAUGUGAGGCCGAAGAUGACCAUUUAUGUCUGCCAGGAGCUGGAGCAGAACCGAGCACCCCCACAGCAGAAGCAGGAUGGCACUGGGGACAGCAGUCUGUGUGUGUACCAUGCCAUCUUCUUGGAAGAGCUGACUACCCUGGAGUUGAUUGAGAAGAUUGCCAACCUGUACAGCAUCUCCCCCCAGCACAUUCACAGGGUCUACCGGCAGGGACCCACAGGCAUCCAUGUGGUGGUGAGCAACGAGAUGGUGCAGAAUUUCCAAGAUGAAUCUUGUUUUAUCCUCAGCACAUUAAAAGCUGAGAGUAAUGACGGCUACCAUAUUAUCCUGAAAUGUGGACUCUGAGCAGAAGUAGGACAUGCACCUGCCUCCAACUCCCAGCCCCAUGGAACACCCUUGGAUGUAGAAAUUGUACCACUGUAAGCUGCAGCCUCACCUGGCACACUGAGGCUAGGAGGCACCCUGCCCAGUCUAUGAAAGCUGCAGACCAUCAACCAGCCGAAACCCAUGGACGCAAUCUAGUGUGCAGAAAGCCAGUGGCUCCUCUCUCCCUUCUUCUUGCCUCCAGCCUUUGAUCAAUUCCUUGUUCUUUUUCCCAAUCCUGAGA